AUGGAGUACACCACCCGAGGGGUCUGUGGGCAGGACGGGUGCCGUGAGACUCGAUAUUAUCUAGACAACGGUCUCUGGUUUUGCAGGCGGGGUCAUCAGCAGGAGGAAGAUCCCGACGAUUUCGGCACUCAGGGCAAGACUAGUCGUGUAAAGAAGGCUAUUUAUCAAUUGAUUCUGUGGAAACAAUGCCACGCCUUGGUUCAAGGUCGAGGCUUUCCCGCGGAGCUUGAGGUCGUGGUCCGAGAUCUUUGGGCUCUUCGUUUGGAAAGCCUGUCGGAGCGACUCAACGACCCUGCUGAAGAUGAUAGGGAACCCGAACUCUUUAGUUCACAGCCUGCCACGACGCUUGAUGAGUCCGAGGGAGCAUUCAAGCUCAGUGGGAGAGCGGCUCAAUGGCCCAGACUGAUUGACACAAUCGGACUGUGUUAUUUGGGCUGCCUGCUCAUGAGGCUCCCGGUCACCAUUGGAGAAUUUCAUCGGAUGCUUAUGCGAGAAGAUGUUCCUUUCAUCAGGGUCCUCAGAUUAAUCCCACGGGAGAUGAGGGAUAAAUUACCCCAGGAGUACAUCGCUCUCUUGGAGACUACUAGAUUGAUAAAGGCUGAGCAUCUUCAUAAAGCGACCCUGGAGCUAUCGCUCUUGUAUCACAACAAGUUUGGUGUUCAAUUCCCGUCCUUGAACACACCGGCCACGUUAUAUCGCUAUAUCAAACGUCUCGCGCUCCCAGUCGAUAUAUAUCCCGCUGUUAAAAGGCUGCAAAGUCUCGUGAGUUUCACAUUUGAGUUUCCAACUACCGUCCCCGGUAGAAGUCGGCCACUUCACCUGCCUGAAGUGCAGCUUAUUACGCUUAUUGUCAUUUCUACAAAAUUGUUCUUCCCAUUUGACGACAUCAAGAGGUAUCCCGUAUCCACACGGGAACCCAGCGCACAGGUGCUUGACUGGAAGCUUUGGGAACAAGUUCAAAGACACUUCGACAGACGGGAAACGGCUGGGGGCAGGAUCGGAAAGGGGAAUGAGAUACUCGUCACUGAGAAAGACGUCUUCAACAUGACUCCGGACCAAUUAGAUGAAUACAUGGACUGGUACGAGACCAGUUGGCUCGAUCACAGCAGAGUGUCGAACCCGUUAGCAGAGUUCUUCCCGAUUGGUCCGACGGGCUCGGAAGGCCAGACUGUUAGCGACUCCACAGAAGGAGAUGAUGAAGCUAUGCAUGCAAUGCUGGAAACAGUUACUAGCCAACUGAAACCAAGAAAAGUUUCUGAUCCUAAGGCCGACGUGGCUCGCCCGGGGACAUCGUAUCCACGUUAUCGAACCGAGUCCGAACUGCCAGAGACGGCGAGGUCCUUUUACGAAAUUGCUGCUAAAGUAGCAGGUGUCUCUUUGUCCACACUCGUUAGAGCUGUAUCGCAGGCGGAGACCAAAAUCUCUCGGUGGUUGGACGAUAAGAGGAGGAUUGAGCACCAUGGAGAUCCUGCGGAAAUGGACGUCACUGGUGAAGCGGGCACAGAAGACUUGGAAGCCAUGGAGGAUGAGGAUAUGUCUGGUUUGAGCGACGAGUCCUAA